AGCCGAGACUCCAAUUACCGGUGCGUCCUCCGCGAAAGCAGCAAUGGGGCGUGUGUAACGAAUCCCGGAGUGGCGCCAGCAGCUGACCCCUAGGGACAGCUGAUGCUGAGUGUACUGUCAAUCCGACUUCUGGCCCCCCGGGCCAUGUCCGGCUGCGUCCAUCUGUCCGGAGGCUGCGUAAAGAGGGCCGGAAUGGAGGGCCCUGUGGAAGCUGCGAUAAGAGCAAAGCUGGAGCAGGCCUUGAGCCCGGAGGUGCUGGAGCUUCGAAAUGAGAGCAGUGGUCACGCUGUGCCCCCUGGCAGCGAGACCCAUUUCCGAGUGGCCGUGGUGAGCUCCCGUUUCGAAGGACUAAGCUCCCUGCAGCGCCAUCGACUGGUCCAUGCUGCCCUGGCCGAAGAACUUGCAGGGCCUGUCCAUGCCCUGGCUAUCCAAGCUCGGACCCCUGCCCAAUGGAGAGAUAACCCCCAAAUAGAAAUCAGCCCUGCCUGCCUGGGUGGGAGUAAGAAAGACCUCCAUGGUGUCUCCUGAAAGCUUGCCCAAGAGAGGGGAACACAUGUAUUUUAGAUUUGUGGGAGGAGAGAGUUACUGACCUCGACUGGGGCCUGCCCUCCCAAAAUAAAAAUGUGAUUGUGUCUGA